AAACAAACCAAAACAAAGUAUAAAGCAAAAAGCAUUUAAAAAUCUCUCCUCUGAAAUUCAAAAUCCAAACGCUUAAUUUUUUUUUAAAAUCUCAUUUUCGUUAAUUUCCUCGGUGACUAUAUUUUCUAUGUCCUUAAAUAUAGAUAAAAGUACUCCCAUCUUCACUUCCCAAAAAAAAAAUACAAAAAAGAAGAUUCUGGAAAAAGAAUUAUGAAUUCGCCGACGACGGCAAGGGAUUCAUCGUCGCCGACACGGAUCGUGGCUCGUUCUUCGAUGAUGGACUGGAUAAGAGCUUGUGGCUUGUCGGGAUUAGCCGGUAUGAAGAUCGAUAAAGAAGAACUCAGACGAAGGCUUUCGAUGCCUCAGUAUCUACGCCUUGCUAUGUUAGAUUCCAUUAAGAAAAAAGACGUCGACGGCGGCGAUGAACAUUUCCGUUCGCGUUCUUCCGACUACGAUGGCACUGUUCCUCAAUCUCCUAUCGUUGUUUUUAUUAACUCUCGCAGCGGUGGUCGCCAUGGUCCUGUCCUUAAAGAGCGUCUCCAGCAGUUAAUCAGCGAAGAGCAGGUGUUCGACCUCCUCGAUGUGAAACCUCAUGAAUUUGUAAGGUAUGGAUUGGCUUGCCUUGAGAAGUGGGGUAACAAUGGAGAUAUCUGUGCGAAAGAGACACGACGGAACAUUAGAGUUGUAGUUGCUGGAGGUGAUGGUACAGUUGGUUGGGUUCUUGGAUGUCUCGGAGAACUUCAUCAAAAAGGUCGAGACCCGGUUCCUCCAGUAGCUGUGAUUCCACUUGGUACUGGCAAUGACUUGUCUAGAAGUUAUGGUUGGGGAGGUUCAUUUCCUUUUGCUUGGAAAUCGGCAAUUAAAAGAACUUUGCACCAAGCUACUACUGGUCCAAUUUGUCGUUUAGAUAGUUGGCAUGUUGUACUGCAAAUGCCUGGUGGAGAAGUUAUUGAUCCUCCCCAUUCUUUGAAGGCUACCGAAGAGUGUCAUUUUGAUCAGACUUUGGAGAUUGAUGGGGGCAUUCCUGACAAAGUGAACUGCUAUGGAGGAGUAUUCUAUAAUUACUUUAGCAUAGGAAUGGAUGCGCAAGUUGCUUAUGGAUUCCAUCAUUUACGUAAUGAGAAACCUUACCUUGCGCAAGGUCCUAUUACAAAUAAGAUUAUCUACUCCAGUUACAGUUGCACUCAGGGCUGGUUUCUCACACCUUGUGUGAGUGAUCCAAGUUUAAGGGGACUGAAGAAUAUUUUAAGGAUGUAUAUUAAAAAGGCCAGGUGCUCGGAAUGGGAGCAAAUUCCCGUCCCUAGAAGUGUGAGGGCAAUUGUUGCUUUAAAUCUUCAUAAUUACGGAAGUGGGCGAAAUCCAUGGGGUAAGCUAAAACCAGAGUAUUUGGAAAAGAGAGGCUUUGUCGAGGCCCAUGCCGAUGAUGGUCUCCUAGAAAUUUUUGGUUUAAAGCAAGGAUGGCAUGCAUCAUUCGUAAUGGUUGAACUCAUAUCUGCAAAACACAUUGCACAGGCUUCAUCGAUUAGACUGGAGAUACGGGGCGGAGAGUGGAAAGAUGUAUUUAUGCAGAUGGAUGGGGAACCAUGGAAACAGCCCAUGAGCUCGGAGUAUUCGACGUUUCUCGAAAUUAAGAGGGUGCCUUAUCAGUCUCUAAUGAUCAAUAGAGAAUGAUAUCGGCAUAAAGCCGGGAUCGAGGUCAAGCUUGGUCUGUCAUCCCCCAAAAGGGCUUGUAGAUUAUAUUUGUUUUCCCACAUUGCCUAGAACAUGGGGCACUGAGAAGAGACAAAUCUGUUGUACCAAAAUUCAUUUGCAGAGUCAAUUCCAUAGUGUAUUUUAUAUAUUUAUUAAUUAUUUCAAGUGGUGUAUCCUUUUGACAUUUGUUUUUGUUUAAAUCCUUAGCCAAAUUCUUGGGCAUAUAUGUAUGAGUAGUGUUGUGCA